UACACCCAUUUGCACAGUUCUAUUUAGAUGCUAGAGAAGUGUCAAGAAAUAAGUCCAAAGGUCAGCUUGUUGUCAUGUCACUUCUUUUGCUUCUGGCUUUUCUUCGACUUCUAUCGGGGAAGGCUCAGUGCUUCCUCCUGGAAAAGGAACAGCAUGCGAUUGGCGUUCAACAGGGCCAUGGAAAGUGGGUCCACUAUGCAAUUCAUCUCCACGAGCCACACAUCACGCUGUUCUGUUAUGGGCCUAAAGGAAGCCAUGAGGUGGAACCUGAAGUGUUCAAUGAAGAAAAUGUUGGUCCUAAAUAGGAUAUUGAUGCAUCUUUCAAGCCAAAAAGGCAUGGAGAAGGGAAGGGAUUAUCCUAAAUGCAGUAUCCCUAGAAACAAACUGAUCGAGAUUGUGAAUAUACGGAGAUAUGCCUUACUGCUCAUGCAAUUUAAUUUUAUAAUUUUUAGGGAUGUUGUGUAUCCAAAUAGACAAAUUCCUUUUUAACUGAUCAAGAGUAUAAUUACAACUUCAAAUAAAUGCCCAUGGACUUCUCUCGUAAGCAAAAAGCUCCAUCUUUUUCUUUGCAGCCUACUAAUGCCAAUGAAUAGGUUACCCUAGUCUAGAAUAAAA